CAAGUCACAGGUCUUCUAACAGCCUUUCGUUCACGACGCGUUUUGCCUUAGCCUCUGACCGUUCAAGCCUUUACGACUACCAACAUGAUGAAAUCUGUCGGUCUUGUUCUUCUUCUCACAGCAACCUUUGCCUACUCCGGUGCUGAAGGCACCAAUGCGUGUGCAAAUGCCCUCAACAAUAAUGUGAUGAACGCAGACCUGAAUUCUGCAUUCAGCGCCUGCAUGUCGGACCCGGCAGGACUUGCCGCCUUGACUGCCAUCGGAGGUAAUUCUGGCUGCGGAGGCUACAACUUCGCUGUCGGCGCUCUCAAGUGCGAAGUCGGCGCAGCUCCCUUCUUGAAAUGUAUAGCGGGAAAACUUGGUUACCUGAACGCUGAUGGCUCGAUCAACAACACAAAGAUCUUAGCCCAGUUCAAGACUUGGGCCACCAGCGACCCCAAGUGCAACGUUGCUCAGUACAACUUCGCUGUGAAUAAAUGUGGCACUACCAUCAACAACUACGCGUUCCUGGCGAAGGCCGCUUGCAUCGCCACGGCGACGGACCAGUACACUGGCUGACCUUCGCAAUCUGGUCCUCAUUCCUUCAUAUUAUACGCGGCUUUGAAGUGUUCGCAACAGCUGUACAAUAAUAAUACCAUAUACUAUAUAUCAUAUAUCACAUACCAUAUACCAUAUAUCAUUCUUAGGGGACCUCUUUCUCCAGUCAAUGCAUCCACGUGCAGUAAAAAUUGUCUAAUCGGAAGUUAAUUGGAACUAGGUGAAACAAUAAAUUCACUAAAAUCCUAAAUAAAAUCAUAUUAACAAUUAUCAUUAUAUUUAAAAGUGAAAUUGAAACACUCUUGGAGAAAUGAAACAUUUCGCUUUGUACUAAUAUAUUUUGUGUCAAGAAAUUUCUAUUUGAUGCACUUGAAAUUAUUAGAAUUCGAGAAGUUCAAAGUAAUGUGGCUUGAAUGUAAGUUCGAAUAAAUAAGCGUGUAACCAAUCAUUAUAAACUUAUAUAUAAUCAGAAAUAAGAAUGUUUUAAGCGUUCCUUGCACUUCAAAAUUAGUACUUGAUGUUGUCCUUUAAACCUCUGCACUUGUUUUUUCUUCUCCCAACAGGUUGAAAAAGUUUCUUAACAGUUCAACAAUGGAAUUUUCAACACAUUAUGUGCAUGAACGUUGUUUUAAUUGGCCAAUUUGUUGUGGAUAAAAUGUUGGGUUGUCUGUUGUCCAAAUCUUUCCAAGUUGAACGCGCAUUCAAAUCAAGAGGUAAUUAAAAAAUUUAUCAAACAAAUUACACAUAAGAAAAGUAAACACAAAAGACCAAAGAAACCAAUAGCUAAAUUUAAAUGGCAGAGAUACGAUGCACUUAGUUUCGAGAGACACAUCACUGUCUGUAACUUGAAGUAAGUUUCACGUACAUGCAUUUGGGGACAGAGAAACGUUAGAGAGACGUCGUAAGGGCCUAAAAAGAAGGAAAUGAUUACUGGAAUGAAAAAGAGUGGUUGCACAGAAGCCAUAUAUGCACGUCGAAUCCCAUUUGUUUCUACAAUAAAACAUGAAAUACACAGCAUUCAUUGUCAAUUAGAGCAAUUUCUUGAUCGAUAAAUGGAAUAAUUUUGAUCAAGAGUGAUCAUUACUAGAAAGUACUCAAAUGCUAUUAACUUCAAUGCGAUCAUCCUGAGCGAAAGACAUGACUAUUCUUGCGAUUUGAUAGAACUCGAGAGUCAUCGUUUUGUUUCAGACGGAAAAAAUAUUUCCUAACAUUCUUGAAAAGUUUACCAAUAUUUGUUACAUUGCUUUGAAUCAACCCGAUUUAUGUUCAAGGCGAUCGACAUCUCUAUAGAUCAUUUAUACCACACUUCUGGAUAAGAAUACGACUACGGCUUCGAAAUACAAAUAGCGUUAUCAGACAGUAUACGUUAAUUUCGGAGGUUUUUAGCCUUUUCAUGAUUAGGUCUUGCUAAAUAUAUAGAUGAUUUGUA